UCCCUCCGCCUCCCUCCCUCAAUCUCUCUCCCUUCUAGCGAUCCGCCUCUCACUUACUGCCGCCCUUCCUUCUUUCUCCCUCCGCCGCCUGAGCACCAGCCGCGCUCUGAGCUGCCCCCGGGGUCCCUCCCCCGCCGCCAGAGGAGCAGCUGCCGCCGCCUAGCACAUUAGGAGGGCGGAAGGAAGGAGAGAGGGGAGGAAGGGGAGACAGAGCGCCUGCCCGGAGGCAGCCGGUGAAUGGGCUUGUGGUGACCCCCGCCCCCCACCCCACCCUCCCUUCCCACCCGACCCCCAACCCCCAUCCCCAGUUGGAGCCGCCGCCCGAGAGGCCGGGCCGUCGUCUUUGGAAGAGUCCCCGCCGCCGUCACCUCCGCCAUGGAGCUGAUCACGAUCCUCGAGAAGACCGUGUCUCCGGAUCGGCUGGAGCUGGAAGCGGCGCAGAAGUUCCUGGAGCGUGCGGCUGUAGAGAACCUGCCCACGUUCCUCGUGGAACUGUCCAGAGUGCUGGCAAACCCAGGAAACAGUCAGGUUGCCAGAGUUGCAGCUGGUCUACAAAUCAAGAACUCUUUGACAUCGAAAGAUCCAGAUAUCAAGGCACAGUACCAGCAGAGGUGGCUUGCUAUUGAUGCUAAUGCUCGACGGGAAGUCAAGAACUAUGUUUUGCAGACUUUGGGCACAGAAACUUACCGGCCUAGUUCUGCUUCACAAUGUGUGGCUGGUAUUGCUUGUGCAGAGAUCCCAGUAAACCAGUGGCCGGAACUCAUUCCUCAACUGGUAGCCAAUGUUACAAACCCCAACAGCACAGAGCACAUGAAAGAGUCCACAUUGGAAGCUAUUGGUUACAUUUGCCAAGAUAUAGACCCAGAGCAGCUACAAGACAAAUCCAAUGAGAUUCUGACUGCCAUAAUACAGGGGAUGAGGAAAGAAGAACCUAGCAAUAAUGUGAAGCUAGCUGCUACUAACGCACUCCUGAACUCAUUGGAGUUCACCAAAGCAAACUUUGACAAAGAGUCUGAACGGCACUUUAUCAUGCAAGUGGUCUGUGAAGCCACACAGUGUCCAGAUACAAGGGUACGAGUGGCGGCUUUACAGAAUCUAGUGAAGAUAAUGUCAUUGUAUUACCAGUACAUGGAGACAUAUAUGGGUCCUGCCCUUUUUGCAAUCACAAUUGAAGCAAUGAAAAGUGACAUUGAUGAGGUGGCCCUACAAGGAAUAGAAUUUUGGUCCAAUGUCUGUGAUGAGGAAAUGGAUUUGGCCAUUGAGGCUUCAGAGGCAGCAGAACAAGGACGGCCCCCUGAGCACACCAGCAAGUUUUAUGCCAAGGGAGCACUACAGUACCUGGUUCCCAUCCUCACACAGACACUAACUAAACAGGAUGAAAACGAUGACGACGAUGACUGGAACCCUUGUAAAGCAGCUGGGGUGUGCCUCAUGCUUCUGUCCACCUGCUGUGAAGAUGACAUUGUGCCGCAUGUCCUUCCCUUUAUUAAAGAGCACAUCAAGAACCCUGACUGGCGGUACCGGGACGCAGCAGUCAUGGCUUUUGGCAGUAUCCUGGAAGGGCCAGAGCCUAAUCAGCUCAAACCACUAGUUAUACAGGCUAUGCCCACCCUAAUAGAGUUAAUGAAAGACCCCAGUGUGGUUGUUCGAGACACAACAGCAUGGACUGUGGGCAGGAUCUGUGAGCUGCUCCCCGAAGCUGCCAUCAAUGACGUCUACCUGGCACCCCUGCUGCAGUGCUUGAUUGAAGGCCUCAGUGCGGAACCCAGAGUGGCUUCAAAUGUGUGCUGGGCUUUUUCCAGCCUGGCUGAAGCUGCUUAUGAAGCUGCAGAUGUAGCUGAUGAUCAAGAAGAACCGGCCACCUAUUGCUUGUCUUCUUCCUUUGAACUUAUAGUUCAGAAGCUGCUGGAGACCACAGACAGACCUGAUGGGCAUCAGAACAACCUGAGAAGUUCUGCAUAUGAAUCUCUAAUGGAAAUUGUAAAAAAUAGUGCCAAGGAUUGUUACCCUGCUGUGCAGAAGACCACCCUGGUCAUUAUGGAGCGACUGCAGCAGGUGCUUCAGAUGGAGUCCCAUAUCCAGAGCACAUCGGAUAGAAUCCAGUUCAAUGAUCUUCAGUCUCUACUCUGCGCAACUCUUCAGAAUGUACUCCGGAAAGUGCAGCAUCAAGAUGCUCUGCAGAUCUCGGAUGUGGUCAUGGCCUCCCUGUUAAGGAUGUUCCAAAGCACAGCUGGGUCUGGGGGAGUGCAAGAAGAUGCCCUGAUGGCAGUUAGCACUCUGGUAGAAGUGUUGGGUGGUGAAUUCCUCAAGUACAUGGAGGCCUUUAAACCGUUCCUGGGCAUUGGAUUGAAAAAUUAUGCAGAGUACCAGGUGUGUUUGGCCGCUGUUGGCUUAGUGGGAGACUUGUGCCGAGCCUUGCAGUCGAACAUCUUACCUUUCUGUGAUGAGGUGAUGCAGCUGCUCCUGGAGAACUUGGGGAAUGAAAAUGUCCACAGGUCUGUGAAGCCACAGAUUCUGUCUGUGUUUGGUGAUAUUGCUCUUGCCAUUGGUGGAGAGUUUAAAAAAUACCUAGAGGUCGUAUUGAAUACUCUGCAGCAGGCCUCUCAAGCCCAGGUGGACAAGUCAGACUUUGACAUGGUGGAUUAUCUGAAUGAGCUCCGAGAAAGCUGCUUGGAAGCAUAUACAGGAAUCGUCCAAGGAUUGAAGGGAGAUCAGGAAAACGUACACCCGGAUGUAAUGCUGGUACAACCCAGAGUAGAAUUUAUUUUGUCUUUUAUUGAUCACAUUGCUGGAGACGAGGAUCAUACAGAUGGAGUUGUAGCAUGUGCUGCUGGACUGAUAGGGGACUUGUGUACAGCAUUUGGGAAGGAUGUACUGAAAUUAGUAGAAGCUAGGCCAAUGAUCCAUGAACUAUUAACUGAAGGACGGAGAUCCAAGACUAACAAAGCCAAGACCCUGGCUACGUGGGCAACAAAGGAGCUGAGGAAGCUGAAGAACCAAGCUUGAUCUGGUACCAUUGGGAUGAUGACCUGAGACCCCCACUGGAAAUCUCCAAUCUUUUGAAAAAACCCGGAAGUGAGGAGUGUGCACGGAUGCUGAAUGUUUGGGAAUGAGAGGAUGAGUGAGUGAGGCUUGAGAACACCACAUUGAAAAUCCUGCCACAGCCAGCAGCAGCAGCAGCAGCAGCAGCGCUGUUAGUGAGCUAAGUAAGCACUGACUUUGUAGAAAACAUAACAUCAGUCAUCUUGGAACAGAGAAACAAUGGAUUGACUUACUUAUUAAAAACAAACAGCUGUCUCUUCCCAGGGGAGGCUAGAACUAGCUUUCCUGUCUUGGUCGGUGCGGAAUGGGGUGACAGGUCUGGGAGAGGAGGGCCUGGGUUCAGCUGUGGGGCUGUGUUGUAAAAGGCAGCCUGGCCUUUGCUACUGAGGAGAAAGAUGGAGCCCGGGUCUUGAGCCCCCCUUCACUGUACCGGUGCACUUGGUACUGCGCAUGUGCCCGUUAGAAGGCGCGUGGGGGAUUUCACAGUCUGAGAAUGAGUGUGUGUGAGUGAGGCGGUAUCCACAUUCUCAACUUCAAGUCAUUGCAGUUUCUUUUUCCCAGAAAACAAAGGGGUUUGAUGUUGCAUUUCAUAAACUAACUGAAGUUCUGGCUACUGAUGCAGCACAAGAGACAUGUUUAAACAAAAUGAGGAAAGACGCUCUUUACGUUUGGUUUGGUUUCUUUUUAAUUAUUCUAGGGAAAACACUGACGAAUGGUCAGAGCUCCUGUCCUGAUCUUUUCAUCAAGGCGCCUUUCCUGAUACUAUGGUUCAGCUGUGAAUGUAGCUGUGGGGGGAGGGGGGAGAAAAAGAAAACUCUGGAGUUAGAGGAGAUAGAAAAAAUUAAAGUACAGUUGUUACAAAUAAAAUGCAGACUUCAAAGACAGAAAAAGCCACAACCGAAACCAAAUUUAAAUGCUUGAAAAUUGGCAUUACAAACAAGCUCUUUCCUGACUUACAUUGUGGCAGUCUGAAUGCCCCCAGAAAACUGUGCCAAAGAGUUUAGAAUACAAAUGUACAAUAAAAGUAAAUACACACUCAAAACCGCAAACUUCAGGUAACUAUUUUGAAUUGCAAAUGACAAAAAUUUAAUGUUGAACGAUCUGAUAAAAUAACCAUUUGGAAACUGCUUGGCCUUCUGUUCUUUUCUUUGAUUGACUGCAAUGCGGUACUGGUCUCUGCUGCACUUCAAAACCAACUAACCAGUAAGACAGAUGUGUGUGUGUGUGUGUGUGUGUAUACGUAUACCCACACACUGACUGCACCUGUUGUGAUGAAAAUGGCACUAGAAAAGGUUCUAUUUUUCCACUCAAGUUGAAGAGGAAUAAAAUGGUGUCAGACAUUCCCCUGCUCACACGCUUUAGUAUUUUUUUAAAGUGUGAUGUGCUGUGAUUACCAUAAAUCAGAAUUAUUUUCCCUUUCACAAGGGAACAAGGCACCCUGAAUUUUAGUCUUUCAGCAAUAAGAAAGGAUUUCAGUGAGCUGGCCCUCUUGGCUUGUGCAGACAUAGGAGAUUUGCUGGCGUUUUGAAUAUGCUGCUUUAAAGAAAUAAUAAUAGAAACCAAGGGAGUUUUUAUUGCUUCCUGGUAGUUGGAAGAUUUAAAACACAAGACCCUCCUUCCCACUUCAUUUCCAUUGUAGUAGAAGGUAUUGGCUUAGGUUUUCUCCACUGUUCCCUCAUCUCCCUCCCUGUCUAAGCCUGUUCCUGAGUGGGACUGGCUCCGUCUGCCUGUCCAUACGCAGCAUCUGUAGUCGCUCUUUACAGGGUAUCAGAUAUUGUGCCUUUUGGUGCCAGGUUCAGAGUCAAGUGCCGAUCUGAUCUGUGAACCAGUGUACAAAAAAAGUAUUUGAAGGAGAGCUGCUCCGUUGUGAGUGAGCAGAGCAGUCACUAGGAGCCUAGUGAGAAGAGGGGCCCAGGCCUCUGAAUGCCUUGUUUCCAUCUUAGCUGUUUUUUCAGAUUUACUAACCAUUCCUGAUACUAGAUAGGGUUGGGGCAGGGCUAGGGGGUGGGCAGAAAUAUUGGGGGAAAGGAAAAAACAAUCUGAUCAUUCCUCAGUGCUACCCGUUUCUGUCCUGUGUGGGCUGCUUAGCGAGACAGCAGGGGAAUAAAGUACACCGAGAACCAUGAUGAAAACAAAACCUUCCGUGUGUUUGCCGUGUUUUGUUCCAGGGAAGCAGUUGACAAGUGCUGUUACUAAUGCUUUCUCCCAGAUGCAUUCAUGCUGGAGAGGAGGAAAUGGGCUGCUUGGAUUGUGGUCUUGGUGCCUUGCUAUUCUGUACUCGUUAUACAUUUUAAUCCUCUUUUUAGUUACCUCCAGCUACUGUUUCUAUGGUUUGGGUGUUUGUCCUUAAUCAGUUGGUUCCACUUAAGGCAACUGAAAUGCUUUCUGUCCACUCACUGUCUGGGCCUUCCCCACCCUGAGUCUUGGCACAUUCCUUCAAGAAUGUAGUUACCGUCUGCUUGGGACAAUGUCAGUGCAAAUGUGAAGAAAAUGGGCAUCAGACUAGACUUGGGUCUGCCAUGCGUGACAGCCGCCUGCACCUAUUCCAUUGGUUCAUUUUGCUUUUCAUUUUUCUCAGUUCCCCCAGUCCUCCCUCUCUGUUGAAAUGUUGAAGUUUUUAGCUGUCAGAGGCGACUGUAAACCUGCCCUAGGGUCUGUGGAGAUGUGGAGGGACUUGCUCGCUAUGGUGUUCUAACGUUCAGAACCAAGCAGUCUCCUUACUCUUACCAUUUUAAGAUGUGUGUAGUCUGACUUUAGAAGAAGUCCAAAUUCCAUCAACUUUGAUAGCAUCAAUCUGUAAUUGGCAUUCAGAAUGCCAUUGGCAUGCCAGUCUGUGAUGGCAUUAAAGACCUGUUAAAACACUUGAGCCCAACUUUAUUAACCAAAACUGAUACCACCACCUUUAUCUUCUGAAUAAAGUCCGCUUUAUUUUUAUUUUCAA